GCGAGAGGCAUAUCAUCCACUAUGUAGUGUGUACUUUGCACUAGGACACGACACGAGCAGUUGAAGCAACAGGAUCAAGCUCGAUCAUGGCGGAGCAUUCCUCCCCCGCAGACCACACCUACACCAUCGGCUACGCGAUGCUGCCCAACAAGCACGACACCUUCGUCCAGCCGUCGUUCAUUGACCUCGCGGCGCGGCAUGGCAUCCGGCUCGUGGCCGUCGACGCGUCGCGCCCGCUCGUCGAGCAGGGCCCCUUCGACCUCAUCGUCCACAAACUCUACGGCCAGCCGUGGCGCGCGCAGCUGGAGGCCUUCUCCGCUCUCCACCCGGACGUCCCCGUCGUCGACCCGCCCGCUGCCAUCGAGUGCAUCCUCGACCGCUUCACCAUGCUCGACGUCGUCGCCGGCCUCGGCGUAGCGAAAGAGGGCGCCAUGGCCACGCCCAGGCAGGUCUUCGUCGGCGACGCCGCGGCGCUGGCCGGCGGCGACGAUGCGGACGCGGUCCCCGGCGGCCUCCGGUUCCCGCUGAUCGCCAAGCCGGUGGAGGUCGACGGCAGCGCCGCGUCGCACGACCUGUGCCUGGUCUACCGCCGCGAGGGCCUUCGCGGCCUCCGCGCGCCGCUGGUGCUCCAGGAGUUCGUCAACCACGGCGGCGUGCUCUUCAAGGUCUACGUGGUGGGCGACCACGCCACCUGCGUCAUGCGGAGCAGCCUACCGGACGUGCCCGACGAGCGCCUGCACGACCUCGCCGCCGACGCCGCGGCCCCCUUCGCCAACAUCUCCCUCCUCCCGCCCCCCGCCGCUGGCGACGCCGAGAUGCCACCCCAGGACUUCGUGAACAGGGUCGCCCGCGAGCUCCGGCGGGCGCUGGGCUUGCACCUCAUCAACUUCGACCUGAUCUGGGCGAGGGACGCCGACGGCAACGCCAAGUACUUCAUCCUGGACAUCAACUACUGCCCGGGAUACUCCAAGAUGCCGGGGUUCGAACCUGUUCUUCUUGAGUUCUUCUUGGAGAUGCUUCGCGGCAGACCUGCUCAUGAGCAGCCUUGCCCGGGCGCUGGCUCUGGCCUAGGUGCUGAGGCACACAAGACAGAGGUUGAGGCCAGCUUCAUCCCCUCGGGAGCAGAACCGAAGCAGGUUCAGGCCUAAAUCUGCAUUUCCGGCUCCAAUUUGACUCAACAUCUUUGCUUAACCUCCUGUAAGUUUCAACCAAGCCGGUUUGACGCAUCAAAACCACAUCAGUGAUUUGUGAAGUUGCUUUGUAGCAUUUUCUUUCAAAGAGAAAAAAAAAUAACAGCUGCUUUGUACCCUUGAAUUUUAUCCAACCAACAAGUUGCAUGUGUGUAAAUGUUCUUUGUGAAUUGUGAUUCGGUUAUACAGCGAAUUUCUACUA